CUGUGGGUGGAUGCUGCACACACCCUCCUUUUUCUCAUUUAUGAAGCCUAGCAGGGAAAUAUUCGACAAGCUUCCAUCAGUGCCAUGAUACCUUAACAGAAAGGAUUCGUAUUCCUUGCGCUUGCUGAGUCUUCUGCAGGGACAGCUGCCCCAGACAGCUCCUGAGUAGCAGGAACAGCCGCACUUUUCCAGGUGACACCCAGCGCUGUCUGCGGAAGGUACUCUGGUGCAGCUGAGGGUCGUCUUCUUCAGGUGCAGCAGCCCUGCCUCAUCAGCUGAAGUCUGAGGGCACUUAGGGCUGCAGAAAACUCAGCAGGUUUUGCAUCGCCAGUGAAGGGAGUAAUUGCAGGAUUAGAUGUUAGCCGAGCCUGAGAAUGGAGCUGUCACCAAGCAAUUCCAUCUUCAAUCAAUCAGCCACUUGCUUCCCACUCUGCACCAUGAAAAUCCUGCUUAGUGAUGUUCUGCUGCUCAGCCUGCUCUCCAGCGUAUUCAGCAGCUGUCCCAGGGACUGUCUCACCUGCCAGGAGACGCUCCGCCCAGACCCAGACAGCUUCAACUUGAAGGUGUGCAUCCUGCAGUGUGAAGAAAAGGUCUUGCCCCGCCCUCUCUGGACUGCAUGCACCAAAGUCAUGGCCAAUGGCUCUGGGAAGCUCAACCCUGUUGACCCAGAGCUCGUGUCAGCUCCUCUUUACCAGCCAAAAGCCUCGGAGAUGCAGCAUCUGAAGCGAAUGCCCCGGGUCAGGAGCUUGGUGCAAGCUCGAGACACGGAGCCUGGUGCGGAUGAUGCUGACGAGGCGGAGCAGAAGCAACUGCAGAAGAGGUUUGGGGGCUUCACUGGGGCCCGGAAGUCAGCCAGGAAGUUGGCCAACCAGAAGCGGUUCAGUGAGUUUAUGAGGCAGUACCUGGUCCUGAGCAUGCAAUCAAGCCAGCGCCGGCGCACCCUACACCAGAAUGGUAAUGUGUAGCCAGAAGGAGCCCCUCCCAGCUGCACCGGCCACUGCAACCCAUGAGCAUCCAGGUGAUCCCCAGAGCAGCAUGUGUCCACACCCAGACCUGCAGGCCGGGACUCAGGAUUCCUUCUUCCCCAAGGCACUGAGUACCCCGGCCCCUCCCUGCCCAGCUGUUGCCCCCUCCCAUGGCAUGUUUCACCUCAGCCCUGUUGCUACAUCAGAGUGUAUUUUUGUAAUUUCUCCAGCUCACAUUUUAAUGGCCCCAUCUUCUCACUCAUCUCCGGCCCUCUUCUGGGACCAGGUGAGAGGAAUAUGAAAUCAGACCUGGGGUUCUGCCUCGUCACUGCCAUAACCUGUUUGUAUUGACCGAUCGUUUGAAACAACUCUCUCCAUUAAACUUCUACUGAGCAAAUGGUUAA